AUGAAGGAGGGAAAACAGGCGGACUGGAAGAAAUUUGCGGCAACGGGAGCAGCAGCAUUCUGUCUUGGGCUGGGAGUCCAGAGCUCGAUUGUGGCCCCUCAUUCGAACGUUCUUCCAACGGUGAAAGAUGCCGCGCUCUCGUCGAGCAAGCCUGCCAACUCGUUUGUGGAGUCAGAUUCUGCGCUAGAGCCAUCGGAGGUGAGGACGAUCAACCUCUUCCGCGAGAACACUCCGUCCGUGGUCUUCAUCUCCACCUUCACUGAGAGGCAAGACUUCUUCACGCUCGACAUGGAGGAGAUCCCCCAAGGGACGGGGUCAGGCUUCGUGUGGGACAAGGAAGGGCACAUCGUUACCAACUUCCACGUGAUCCGGUCUGCAAACAGCGCCCAGGUGGCCCUGAGCGAUGCCAAGGGCAAGCAGACGCUGUACAAGGCGACGCUGACGGGAGUCGAUCCUGACAAGGACAUUGCGGUGCUCAAGAUCGAAGCUCCUCCCGCUGCCCUGCGGCCGAUCGAUGUUGGAACGUCUGCAGAUCUCCUGGUAGGACAAACGGCUCUCGCCAUCGGCAAUCCCUUCGGUCUCGACCACUCGCUCACCAUCGGAGUCGUGUCUGGUCUGGGAAGAGAAACCAAGUCACCAACUGGCCGACCGAUCAGCAACGUCAUCCAGACAGAUGCAGCAAUCAACCCCGGCAACUCUGGAGGAGCUCUGCUCAACAGUCAGGGCAAGCUCAUUGGCAUGAACACAGCGAUCUUUUCUCCGUCGGGGGCGAACUCGGGAGUUGGUUUUGCGAUACCCGUAGACACGAUCAAAUAUGUUGUGAAGAAGUUGAUCACUGACGGAUCGCAGAUCACCCGACCGGUCAUCGGGAUCUCCUUCCUGGACUCAGAGCAGACUCGAGGACUGGGUCUGCCACAAGGAGUUCUCGUGCUCGAUGUCCCCAAGGGCUCCCCAGCAGCUCAGGCCGGGCUAAGGGGGACUGUUCGUACCUUCCGAGGCAUUGAAGUUGGCGACAUCAUUGUGGGACUUGACAGCGUCGACAUCAGGAAAGAAGGCGAUCUCUUCGCUGCUCUUGAGCCGCACAAACCAGGGGACGUCGUGGAGCUCAGAGUGAAGAGAGGCACUGAGGACGGUAAGGAGCGGAGGAGGGAGGAGGUUUCGAGGACGAGGAGUGACUUCGCUAUAUAG